AUGGGCCCGGAUCCGGGCGGCUGGCCGGCCAUGCUGGGCCUGGCGCUGCUCCUCCCGGCCGCGCUCGGGGAGGAGGUGCUGUUACGGCCCGAGUGGGGCUUCGAGUCCUACGAGAUCACCGUCCCGAAGGAGCUGCAGGGCCGGGGCGGCGGUGGGCCGGGUUGGCCGGGCGUGUCCUACCUGCUGCGGCUGGGCGGCCGGCCGCGCGUCCUCCGCCUGUGGCCCAAGCGCGCCCUGCUGCCGCACCAGCUGCCCGUGGUCUCCUUCUCGGCGCGCGGGGAGCCCCUGGAGGACCUCGCCCACUUCCCCCGGGACUGCCACUUCGCGGGCUCCGUGGACGGCGCCGAGGGCUCGGGGGCCACGCUCAGUAUGUGCGCGGGUGGGCUCCGCGGCGUGAUCCGCGUGGACGCCGAGGACUACCAGAUCCAGCCGCUGGCCGCCUCGUCCCGCUUCGAGCACAUCGUGUACCUGCUGAAGCCGGAGCCCGCGGACGCGCAGGCCUGCGGGUGGAGGGCCGAGGAGUGGGGCGCGUCCCCGAACCCCGCGCCCCGCAUGCGGGACUACGUGACGGCCUACAAGCACCAGCGCUACCUGGAGCUGGUGCUGGUCUUCGACCAGGGGCGCUUCUCGGCCUCCAAGGGCAACCUGUCCCGCGUGGUCGUGGACGCGACUCUGCUGACGGCCAUCAUGGACACCUACUUCCAGGACAUGCAGCUGCGGAUCUUCCUGGCGGGCCUCGAGGUGUGGCCCGGGAAGAACAAGAUCAACCUGGAGCACAGCACCUUGGACACGGUGCUGGAGCAGUUCGUGUACUACCGCGCGUACACGCUGCAGAGGCAGAUCCCGGGCGACUGGGCACACCUGUAUGUGAGCAAGACCUACACGGACGCAGGCGCCUGGUCCCGGGGCAGGGUGUGCGACGUGUUCCGCACCGGCUCCGUGAGCUCCUUCCCCGACGUCAACGUCCUGACGGCCGCCACGUGGUCGGCCCACGAGCUGGGCCACUCCCUGGGCAUGGCGCACGACCAGGCCUACUGCCAGUGCCGCAAGAGGACCAGCUGCAUCAUGGGCACCGGGCGGACCGGCUUCAGCAACUGCAGCUACAUAGACUACUUUAAGUUCGUCUCUCAAGGGGCCUCGUGCCUCACCAACAUCCCCAAACCGCCGGUUCCCUAUAAGAAGUGUGGCAACAAAGUUGUGGAGAAGUGGGAGCAGUGUGACUGUGGCUCCCUGGAGGAGUGUCAGAAAGACCCCUGCUGCGAAGCCGAUUGCAAGCUCGCGCCCGGCGCCAACUGCAGCUUCGGGCUCUGCUGCCAGCGAUGCAAGUUCCUCCCGUCGGGACACAUGUGCCGGGAGGAGGAAAACGAGUGCGACCUGCCGGAGUACUGCAACGGGGUGUCCCACCUCUGCCCAAAGGACACUUACAAGCAGGACGGGACCCCCUGUAAGUAUGAAGGCCAGUGCUUCAGCAAGGGAUGUCGAUCCAGGUACAUGCAAUGCCAAAGCAUUUUUGGCCCCGAUGCCAGGGAGGGUCCUAGGCGAUGUUAUGAGGCGGUUAACCUAGUUGGCGAUCAGUACGGUAAUUGUGAGAUCAAGGACGUCACCAGUUACGUGAAGUGCUCUGUGAAGAAUGUUCUGUGCGGCAGGCUGCAGUGUAUAAAUGUCAAAGAGAUCCCGGACCUGCCGGAGCACAGUCUGAUCAUUUCUACCUACCUGAAAGAGGAAAAUCUGAUGUGCUGGGGCACUGGCUACCACCUGUCCAUGCAACCCAUGGGAAUACCAGACCCAGGGGCCAUCAGCGAUGGCACUUAUUGCGGCGAUAAACAGAUAUGUGUGAAAAGAACUUGUGUCAAUUACACAACCCUGCUAUUUGACUGCUUGUCCAAGAAGUGUAAUGGCCGAGGCGUGUGCAACAUGCAAAGGAACUGCCACUGUCUGUAUGGCUGGGCCCCGCCAUUCUGUGAGGAGACAGGGUUUGGGGGGAGCAUUGACAGUGGGCCCCCAGGACCCAUUCGGGAGUUGGUGCCCUCUUCCAUUCAGAUUGUGCUCCUUAUGCUGUUGCGUCUGAUUUUAUUUGCCAUCACCGUGGUGAUUGUGCUUUUCAGGCAAGCAAUAAUAAAGUGUUUCACACCAUGAAUAAAACACCAGAAAAGAAUGCAGAGAAAAGAGAGGAAAAAAAUGUAACCUGGCAAUCCUUAGCCAUUCGAUCCUGUGGGCUCAGUUGUUGAAUGAGCUUAUCAUCUGUCCAAAUGACUCUCCAUUCUUCUCACCAGUUUUUUAUAUAAAUG